UCCCUUCCUGACCCCUGCCACACAACACCUGGUUCCCAACUCCGGGCACCCCGUAGCUGGCUGGUUUCCCAAGGGUUAACAAAAUUGCAGUGACGACACUGGGCGAGCAUCCUGUCUGGGAGCUCUGGGAUGACCCUGCCCAGCCCCAGUCCCAGGUGAGAGGCGGGGUUUGGGAGCGGGCGGUAUAAAUCCCAGAGUUUGGAGCCGGGACAGUGCAGCUCGCUUUACCCCAGCCAGCAGAGACGAGGUCAGCCACUGCUGCCUCCAAAGGCCUCCAGGAUGGUUUCCGGCGGCGGCGGACAGUCGCCCCUUGGCGUGACUCCCAUGAUUCUCCUGGUUCUGUGUCUCCAUCUCCCAGGCUCGGCGUCCAAGUGCAUCCCACGGCUGGAGGAGCCAGUGCUGGAACCACUGCCAGCUGGCGUGGACCCCUACAUGCAGCCAGCAGGGAUCCUGCAGCCCCAGGUCCGCCCACAGGGGCAGGGGGUUGGUAACGAGCCUGGGGUAUAUGGAGGAACUGAUUCUGGAUCGUAUGGAGGACCUGGGCCCGGAUCAUAUGGGAUAGAUGGGCCCGGGGCCUAUGGAGGAGCCGGGACUGGAUCCUACGGAGGAACCGGGACUGGAUCACAUGAAGGACCUGGGCCCGGAUCGUAUGGGAUAGACGGGCCCGGGGCCUAUGGAGGAGCCGGGACUGGAUCCUACGGAGGAACCGGGACUGGAUCACAUGAAGGACCUGGGCCCGGAUCGUAUGGGAUAGACGGGCCCGGGGCCUAUGGAGGAGCCGGGACUGGAUCCUACGGAGGAACCGGGACUGGAUCACAUGAAGGACCUGGGCCCGGAUCGUAUGGGAUAGACGGGCCCGGGGCCUAUGGAGGAGCCGGGCCUGGAUCCUACGGAGGAACCGGGACUGGAUCACAUGAAGGACCUGGGCCUGGAUCGUAUGGGAUAGACGGGCCCGGGGCCUAUGGAGGAGCCGGGACUGGAUCCUAUGGAGGAACUGGAUGUGCAUCAUACGAAGGAGCCGGAACUGGGUCACAUGAACAACCUGGGCCUGGAUCAUAUGGAAUAAAUGGCCCUGGAACCUAUGAAGGAGCCAGGCCGGCUGUAUCAGUGGGGUGCUCCCCACCACAGUAUGGGAUGCCGGGUGCUGGCUAUGCGGUUGGCUCAGGCAGGCCAUCUGGGCACAUCCGGCCAGUCUAUAAGGACCCCAGCAUCCCCUAUGUGCCGAGCCUCUCGGAGCUGCCCAACCAUGCAGGACGCGUGAUAUCGUCCAUGCCCAGGGUCUCUGCUGACAAUGGUGUUGGAGGGGGAGCAGGAACAGGAGAUGUGUCAAUGCCAGGCUCUUCCAAUCCCAUGCUGCCCAACGGCCCUUAAUCCACAGGGCGUGAGGAGCGAGCUGGUGAGGUUUAGCAGCUAAGGCAGGAGGAGGGCAGGACGCCUGGGUUCUGUCCCCAGCUCUGGGGGUAUGGUUUAGGAGUGAGAGCAAGGGAACGGGACUCAGGACACCUGGGUUCUAUCCCCAGCUGUAGGAGAAGAGUGGGGUGUAGGGGUUAGAGUUGAGGCAGGCCAGGACUCCUGGGUUCUAUCCCCAGCUCUUGAUGGGGAGUGGGGUCUAGCCAUUAGAGCAAGAGAAUGGGGGCUUCUAUCCCACCUCUGGGGGGAAUGGGGUCUAGUGGUUAGAGCAGGGUGGGAAUGGGGAUGAUGACUCCUGGGUUCUGUCCCGGCUCUGUGAGUAAGGUCUAGUGGUUAGAGUGGGAGGGGGAAUGCGGGCCAGGCCUCCUGGGUACUAGCUGAGCUCUGUGAAGGGAGUGGAGUCUAGUGGUUUGGGGUGGGGGGUGGCUGGGAGUCUGUACUCAUGGGUUCUAUCCCCCACUCUCCUGUCAUGCCCCUGACUGGGCCACUCCAUUGUUGUGUGCCUCAGUUUCCCCCAUUGUGUUCCAAGACCUUUUGCUCAAUGCUUAGUUGUGGACGGGAGUAAGCGCUUAUUGCCCUCCCUGUGUAAAUUCCCCAUCCCCAUCCCCUCAUCCACCAUUUCCCUGAUCUCCCCCCACCCAACCUGGAUCACUUCACCCCUCCACCCCCCAACCACGUCUCCUUCCCAUAUGGUCAGUGAUCUCAAGGCCUUUGUAUUGCUUGGAUGCCUGGGUGGGGGUGCAGAGGAUGGCUGCGUCUCUCUCUGCUCCUCGUUUCUGGUGCUCAAAAUGCUUCCAAUAAAAUCCUUGCUCUGCUAGGUCAUUUGGCUUAUUUCCUCCCUGUGGAGCGAGUUUGGGUCAGGAGCCAGGCAGCGCUGGGAGCUCACAGCAGGGACGGGACAGCCAGCAGCGGUGCACACUC